AAAGAAAAGAAUCAGAUAAAAGUAAGAAAACUGAAAAGGAUCUAAAGGCAAAGGAGGAAAAAAUAGAAAAGAAUAAAGCAGAAGAAGCCAAAGAUAAAGUGGCAAAGGAACAAAAGGAAAAGUCAGAGAUUAUACAAGAACGAAAAGAAUCAGAUAAAAAUAAGAAAACUGAAAAAGAUCUAAGUGGAAAGGUGGAAGAAACAGAAAAGAAUAAAACAGAAGAAAUCAAAGAUAAAGUGGCAGAGGAACAAAAGGAAAAGCAAGAGAUUGUACAAGAAAGAAAAGAAUCAGAUAAAAGUAAGAAAACUGAAAAGGAUCUAAAGGCAAAGGAGGAAAAAAUAGAAAAGAAUAAAGCAGAAGAAGCCAAAGAUAGGUGGAAGGAACAAAAGGAAAAGUCGGAUGUGGAAGAAACAGAAAAGAAUAAAACAGAAGAAAUCAAAGAUAAAGUGGCAGAGGAACAAAAGGAAAAGCAAGAGAUUGUACAAGAACGAAAAGAAUCAGAUAAAAGUAAGAAAACUGAAAAAGAUCUAAGCGCAAAGGUGGAAGAAACAGAAAAGAAUAAAACAGAAGAAAUCAAAGAUAAAGUGGCAAAGGAACAAAAGGAAAAGCAAGAGAUUGUACAAGAAAGAAAAGAACCAAAUAAAAGUAAGAAAACUGAAAAGGAUCUAAGCGCAAAGGUGGAAGAAACAGAAAAGAAUAAAACAGAAGAAAUCAAAGAUAAAGUGGCAGAAGAACGAAAGAAAGAGCAAGAAACUGAACAAGAAAGAAAAGAAUCAGAUAAAAAUAAGAAAAUUGAAAGAUCUGAAGACUUAAGCGCAAAAGUGGAAACAACAGAAAAGAUUAAAGCAGAGGAAGCCAAAAAUACAGAAAACAAAAAAGUAAAAGCAAAGGAAAAGAAAGAGGCUGAAAUAAAAGAAAAAGAAGAAGAAUUGAAAGAUAUGAAAGAAAAUGAUGCAGCAGAAUUAUAUAAUAAAAAAAAUGAAAUCGAAAAAGUUCAGAAAGAAGACAAAGAAAAAACAGAUGGGACACAGCAAAAUGAGCAAGAACAUGUAAAGAUAGAAGAAACUGAAAUUGCAAAAAAAGAAAAAGACGUUCACGAUCACAAAAUGGAAGUCAAAGAAAUAAAACAAGAGGAGAAUAAAACUCUCAAAAAAGAUGAGAAAGAGCAAGAGAAAGAAAAAGCGAAAAGUAAAAAGACUGAGAAACUGAAAAAGGAGAAAGAAAAGCUGGCACAAGAGAAACAAAUAAAAAAGGAAGAAGACGAAAAAUCAAAAGACGAGAAGAGGAAGGAAAUGGAAAAGAAAAAAGAGGAAUCUAGCAAAAAAAAUGAGUCUACACAAGAAAUAAAGAAACAGGAACAAAAACAACAAGACCAACUGGAAGUAGUAAAAACACAAGAGCAGAAGGAAAAAGAGAUAACAGAAAAAAUAAAAGAGAAAGAAAGCAAAGAAGCAAAAGAUGAUGUGCAAGAAUUCGAAACGAAAAAAGAAAAAUCUAACAAAAUAGAAGAAUCUACAGAGAAAAUGAAAGAGAAGGAACAAGAAAAAGAGGAUAAAAUUAAAAUAUCAAAGAAGGAGGAUGAGGAACAAAAACGAAUAAUUCAAACUGAAAAAAUAAAGGUAGCAGAAAAUCAACAAGCAGAAAUGAAGAAGGAUAUGCAAGAAGAUAAGAAAAAGAUAACACAAAAGAAGGAGAAGCAAGAAGAUAAAAAAAUAGAAAAGGAACAAGAGAAAAUAAUAGAAAAAGGAAAGGAAGAAAUUGUUAAAAUAGAUCAAGUGAUACAGCAAACACAUAAUGAAUACACAGAGAAAGAAAAUCCUAACCUAGGACCUAGCCUGACCUAA